GAGGUGUGCGGUUCCGCCAGUGACCUGCCUGCGUGGCCCGGCGCCGUGGGGUCGAUGCCGUAGCGCUCUCUACGUGCGACUCAUUCCCCAAAGUAGCCUCGGCCAAGGGCAGCCAGAGUCGGCCCCCAGCAGGCAAGCAGGUGGUGGGCAGCGUGCCAGGAGUGGCCACGUCCGGGGGCCCCCGCCUCCCACUGCCGGCCGUGUGCCCGGACAGCCACCUUCCCGCCCCUGCGUUGCCCGCCUGCCCAGGUGGCCUGUGCUGACGUCCCCGCCCUGCCGCCGCCUGAGAGCAGCGGCCUGGUGGCAGGUGCUGCCCGGGUGGGCCCGGAAAUGGGAUGUCAGGCGGCCGAAAGGAGCACAGUGGAAGCCUGGGCGUCCCCGAGCCGCUGCUGUGACGGCCAGUGAGCGAGCAGCGGAGGAUGUCCGCCACCACGACGGUCGCCCCCACGGGGAUCCCAGCGGCUCCGGGCCCUGUGAACCCGCCCCCGCCGGAGGUCUCCAACCCCACCAAGCCGGGCCGCAAGACCAACCAGCUGCAGUACAUGCAGAACGUGGUGGUGAAGACGCUCUGGAAGCACCAGUUUGCCUGGCCCUUCUACCAGCCCGUGGACGCGGUCAAGCUGAACCUGCCCGAUUAUCAUAAGAUAAUAAAGAACCCAAUGGACAUGGGGACAAUCAAGAAGAGGCUGGAAAACAGUUAUUACUGGAGCGCGAGCGAGUGUAUGCAGGAUUUCAACACCAUGUUCACAAACUGUUACAUUUAUAACAAGCCCACAGAUGACAUAGUGCUAAUGGCCCAAGCCUUAGAGAAAAUUUUUCUACAGAAAGUGGCCCAGAUGCCCCAAGAGGAAGUUGAAUUAUUACCCCCUGCUCCGAAGGGCAAAGGCCGGAAGCCGGCCGGCGGAACCCAGAGUGCAGGUACGCAGCAAGUGGCGGCCGUGUCCUCUGUGUCCCCAGCGGCCCCCUUUCAGAGCGUCCCCCCCACCGUCUCCCAGACGCCUGUCAUUGCUGCCACCCCUGUGCCAACCAUCACCGCGAACAUCACGUCGGUCCCUGUCCCCCCGGCCGCUGCCCCCCCUCCUCCCUCGACGGCCAUCGUCCCUGUGGUCCCUCCCACUCCACCUGUCGUCAAGAAAAAGGGCGUGAAGCGGAAAGCGGACACCACGACGCCCACGACGUCGGCCAUCACCGCGAGCCGGAGCGAGUCGCCCCCGCCGCUGUCGGACCCCAAGCAGGCCAAGGUGGUGGCGCGGCGGGAGAGUGGGGGCCGCCCCAUCAAGCCGCCCAGGAAGGACCUGGAGGACGGCGAGGUGCCCCAGCACGCGGGCAAGAAGGGCAGGCUGUCGGAGCACCUGCGGCACUGCGACAGCAUCCUCAAGGAGAUGCUGUCCAAGAAGCACGCGGCCUACGCCUGGCCCUUCUACAAGCCCGUGGACGCCGAGGCCCUGGAGCUGCACGACUACCACGACAUCAUCAAGCACCCGAUGGACCUCAGCACCGUCAAGAAGAAGAUGGACAGUCGCGAGUACCCGGACGCCCAGGGCUUCGCAGCUGACAUCCGGUUAAUGUUCUCCAAUUGUUACAAAUACAACCCCCCGGACCACGAGGUGGUGGCCAUGGCCAGGAAGCUGCAGGACGUGUUUGAGAUGCGGUUCGCCAAGAUGCCGGACGAGCCCGCGGAGGCGCCCGCGCUGCCCGCGCCCGCGGCCCCCGUGCUGAGCAAGGGCGCCGAGAGCAGCCGCAGCAGCGAGGAGAGCUCGUCGGACUCGGGCAGCUCGGACUCGCUGACCGGGCUACCCAGCGUUGAGGCAGCGCCCGAGGCAGCGCCCAGGGCACCCCGGAGCCCCCCGCCGCCACCUGCAGCCCCCUCGGGCCCGCCCCCGGGCAGCCCUGCUCAGCCCCCUGCUGUUUUCCAGCUGAAGGCUGUGCACGAGCAGCUGGCCGCCCUGUCGCAGGCCCCAGUGAACAAGCCAAAGAGGAAGAAGGAGAAGAAGGAGAAGGAGAAGAAGAAGAAGGACAAGGACAAGGACAAGGAGAGGCACAAGGCAAAGUCCGAGGACGACAAGAAGGCCAAGGGGGCCCCGCCAGCCAAGCAGGCCCCGCCGAAGAAGCCUCCCGCCAAGAAGGCCAGCAGCGCGGCCGCGGCCAGCAGGCAGCCGAAGAAGGGCGGCAAGCAGGCCUCGGCCUCCUACGACUCGGAGGAGGAGGAGGAGGGCCUGCCCAUGAGCUAUGACGAGAAGCGCCAGCUCAGCCUGGACAUCAACCGGCUGCCCGGGGAGAAGCUGGGCCGCGUGGUGCACAUCAUCCAGUCCCGGGAGCCCUCGCUCAGGGACUCCAACCCCGACGAGAUCGAGAUCGACUUCGAGACCCUGAAGCCCACCACGCUGCGGGAGCUGGAGAGAUACGUCAAGUCUUGUUUACAGAAAAAGCAGAGGAAGCCAUUCUCCACAAGUGGGAAGAAGCAGGCGGCCAAAUCAAAGGAGGAGUUAGCUCAGGAAAAGAAGAAGGAGCUAGAGCGGCGACUGCAGGACGUCAGUGGACAGCUGAGCAACAACAAGAAGCCUGCCAAGAAAGAGAAAGCGGGCUCGGCGCCCUCGGGAGGCCCGUCCCGGCUCAGCAGCAGCAGCUCGUCCGCCUCCGGGAGCAGCAGUUCCAGCGGCUCCAGCUCCGACAGCAGCGACUCGGAAUGAGCUCCGGACAGAGGACGCCCGAACCCGCGACGCCGCGCACGCCCCGCCUCGCCUCUGCAGUGCUCCCUCUCUGGUUAAUAUACUACUCCCGCUCCACGGUGUGCGGGCUUGCUUCUCA